GUGAACUUGAUUUUGAGCCAUGACUGCUCGUCCCCCCGUACAUGAGGAGCUACGUACGCUGACAGGAGAGGUCCAACGCCUCGCAUCGUCUGUCGUAGAUGUGCAUGGUCGAUUGGCUGCGAUCUCUGAAAGAUCAGAGCAAGAGAUUACUCUACUGCUUCGAAGGUUAUCCGAAAGUGAACGGAGGAGAACAGAGCUACUGAGCUCGCGACGAUUGGACAGCUCACAAGGACGCCAACAACUGGAAACCUUGGAGCGGCAGCGUGAGGCAGAUCGCCGCAAGCUUCGACAUGCAAGGAAGUUUAUCAAGGAUCUGCUCGACGACAAAACUCCAAAUGAGUCGAGUAGCUCGUCCAGUAGUCCAAGCAGGCGAGAAAACGCGGUGAACGCUGCUCCCUCGCGUGCUUCGCCAAGCAGCAGCUCGAGCAGCUCUACAUCCAGCAUGCAUGCUUCGACCCAACCAGAUGAACGUCACCAACCUUCACCUCAACCAAGCGUCUCGCAGGAGAGCGAGGCAACAGUAAGGCCCCAGAGGCCUUCACCGAAUGAAGACGCCAGUAAUGGUGUGGCAACUACCUCAAGCGAGGAGGCUCGUGAGUCAGGUACACAGGCGCUCUCGACGUCUUUGGAUACGCCAAGCGGAGAAGAUGGAAUAUCGUUGAGAAUCCGUCACGGUGUUGCUCCAGCCUCCGCCAAGUUCUCGUCGCCGAGGCUAUCAGUCAGCGACAUCAAAGAGGCAUUGCACCUAAGCAACGAACAGACCGCUCUGCUCGACGAAAUGGGAACGCAUCCAUCGCCGCACCUGCAGUUCAGGAUUGUUGGCCCGCAUAUUUUCCUGUAUGAUCCCACGUUUCUCGAAGAGCAGACCCAGGAAAGGACCUUCCUCAUAGACUGGGGAGAGGAGGCGGAGAGUAGACGCGUCUUGGAUGCAAUCGAGAGUGCGCAAGCGGCGAACACCGUUCUGCACACGUUCAUAUUCCCUAUGCACGGUAUAAAUGCUGGGUGGCGCUACGUGGGGGCGCAUACCUAUCACGUAUUCCCCGAAGCGUGGAAUGUUUGGCGUUGCAUGCGUCGUCGUGAAGGAACACGAUCCAGAAUUGUUGACCGACUCUGUACUCGCCGUGGGCUGCCAGAGGAUGGACAUGAGCUUGACGAAUACACGCCCGAAUGCGCACAAAUGCUGGAGGACGGCCAUUUGCGUCAAGUCUGCGUGGAGAUGACUUUUGAAACAGAGCCUUACAGCGAAACGAAACGAAUGCGCAAAAUAUUGAGCCACCGGAACGCCCAGACGAGUCCGACGGUGCCUACUGGGGGACGAGCGACGGCGGAGCCUAGCAAUCGUACGUGAGACGAGAUGAACAUGAGGAGACCGAAGGUUGGGUCGAUAAAUCAUUGUGACUUCCAUUCGUUGCCACAAAUUAUCUUGAAAAAAAAAAAGUGACGCGUUC